GCGGCGGUGGUCGCACAGUGUACCAGCGACCGCCGGUAGAUCAGUGUCGGUAGAGUGAUGCUAUUAUCAGUAUGGAGUGACGUGAAGUGGCGUGUGUGUGUGUGACUCCAGUGAUAAGAUAGACGGCAAAGUGGCGGCCAAUAACGGAAACCAUACCAUGUUCACCCGGUUUGACGCCACCAAGUCAACCAAGGGUGCCAGCAAACUCCGGAGAGACCUGAUCAACGCGGAGAUCGCCAACCUGAGAGAUCUGCUGCCUUUGCCGCCCAGCACUCGUCAGCGGCUCAGUCAACUGCAACUCAUGGCGCUCGUCUGUGUCUACGUCCGCAAGGCCAACUACUUUCGUGAAUUUUUCAAGCGCCAUGAGUUGUCCAUGCACCAUAUGCCGUCAGCGCCGACUCCCAACAUUGGCUUUUCAAAGGCGCUGAGCGGAUUCCUAAUGAUGAUGACCCAAAACGGAAAGUUGCUGUACAUUUCUGACAACGCCGCCGAAUACUUAGGCCACUCAAUGGAAGACCUGCUGAUCCACGGGGACAGCGUGUACGACAUGAUCGACAAGCAGGAUCACCAGGCGAUACAGACGGAGCUGGUGAGGAGCGCCGCGACACACGGCGAAGACAAGAGGAUCUUCCUCUGCAGGAUGAACGUGUCAAGGAACGCGAGAAGGCAGAUGAGGUUCGGCGACCAGAAGGUGGUUCUAGUCCAGGGACACUACUUGUCGUUCCUUCCGCUAUGUAGUCGCAACGAGCCCGUCUUCCUCGCCACCUGCACACCCGUCGCCAUGCCGGAGACGAGGGAGUGCGUCGUCCAGGGAGCCACAAACGUGUUCACCUCCAUCCACGCCAUGGACAUGAAGUUCGUCCACAUCGAUAAAAAUGGGGAGUUCCAUCUGGGGUUCCAGAGGUCGGAGCUACAAGGAGCGUCUUGGUACCAAUUUUUACAUUGGGACUGUAUGAGAGAGGCGCAGAGCAAACACAGACUAAUCACUCAGUCCGAGCAAGACCGUUCUUGUAUUCUACUGCUGCGGAUACAGAGAAGAACGGGGGACUGGCUCUGGGUCCACUGUGUGCUUCAAGUCAAAGACAACAUGGAGAAUAGUCAACAACCUGUCAUAGUCUGCACGAAUCAAGUCCUUAGUGAACGAGAGGCCACCGUGAUGCGAGCUAACAGCUGGCUCUACCAUUACUACAUGGUGCAGUCCAAGCUACAGUACGGCCUAGCCUACGACACCCAUGUGGCUACGAGGAUGUCCACCCCGUACUUCCAGCAGUCCCAGUACCAUCCCCAGGAUACGCCGCCGCCGCCUCCAGUCGCCGCCUACCAUCAUCAGGUGUCACCAUCCCAACUACCAACCCCUACGCCACACCAUCUACACCCUCAGGCCACGCUGGCGCACACCCCCGAGCCUGUGUUCCGGUACGGCCGUCGCAGCGAGCCUGAGCCCGUGGACUACUCUUUACACUCAGAGCCCCAGAGGCACGACUCUCCGCACCUCAAGCAGGAGCCCCCGAGUGAUCUGUCCCCCGGGUCUUCGCCCUCCUCGGAGGCUGUGGACCGAGAGGUCGGCGGGACUGUCCUGGUAGCAUCUACAACCGCUUCCCUGGGCAGGUCGAGACUACUUGUCAAGGCGGCAACAACUAUUGUCGAUCCACACGAUUUCAUGGACCAAUGGAACCCCAGUCCGCCCUGGUCUGACACAACGGUCCAGAAGGUACCAGACAUAGUCACAGACAUGGUCCAGGACAUGCAAUACGUCACCACGACCCCACCAACCCCAGUCAGUCUUCAGCACACCCCCGGGCCCCACUCGCAGCACUUCAGCUUCGACUGGGCCCCGGAGCAGUUCGUUCCCAACGUCCACCACUCGCAUCCCCUGCCUGUAGACGACGACGUCUCCUGGCCAUCGGAUCAUAGGCUGUUCCCUCUACAGCCUCCGCCGGGUCCUCGCCCCUCGCUACUCAGGGUCGACACGGAGCCCAUGGACACGGGCCAACAUAAAGAUGGCAGGAGCGGUUCGGGAAUGAGCUAGUCCUCGGCCACAUGUCCUGUGUCACCCAAUGAAGCGGAGGAACUUCCAGAUGUCUCGGCGAUUUUCCGGGAUCUUCAAGGGUUCAUCGCAGAGAAAUCUCCGUAACUACCAGGAUACAUCCAUGCGGAAUCCCGGUGUUUUUCGAGAAUAAUCCCUGAAAGAUUUCAGUAGCUUCCAGGAUACGACAGUGCAAUAUUCAUGCAAGAUUCGUCGCAGAUAAAUCUUUGUAGCCAUCAUACAUCCCUGCGGGGUCCCGGUAUUCAUAAUGAAUCGUUCCUGAAAUAUCCCGGUAGCUUCUGGGAGUAGCCGCUGCAAUAUUAUUUUGACGUCCCGGUGUCCUUCAGGAUUCAUCCUUACAAAUCCUUAGUGUCUUCCAGGUUCAACCCCUGCGAAAUCCCAGUGAAUUUAAACAUUUAUUCUUGCAGAAUCCCGGUGUAUCCAGGAAUUUAAUACUGCAUUAUCCUUGUGUCUUCCAGGAUUCAAUGCCGUGAUAUCCCGGUGUAUUCUAGAGUCCUAGGCUGUGAUCUCAUAUCCGUCCACCGUCCCUGACUUGUAGAAAUGUCGAUACUAGUUAAAUCUAUUUAGUUAUUUAUUAUAUAGUUAGUUAUGUAAAUGUUAGUGUUAGAUUUGAGCUGCUAGAGAAUUUAUUUUGUUGUUAAACUGUCUAUUCGUUAAGUAGAUAAUGUUUAAGCUGAAUUACUAUGUAAACAGCUAUCUCGUUUUACCAUUGACUAUAGUCAAAGGUUUUUCUAGUGAGUUGCUUAGUUGGAAAUUUGAUCAAAAAUGCUACAUUAAAAACAAGAGUUUUUUUAGAUUUUCCACGGUUUGAUUUUCUAUAUUUUUGUUAACUUUAUUGUUUUUGCUAUAAAUACUUCUAUCAUUUACCGAAAGUUAAAGCUUAAUACAUCUUCAAAUAAUAAAUAUGUAGAUCCUUAUAUUUUAAUUUCUAGCCUAUCGAAAAAUAACAUUUCAAUUAUUGGAUUGUAAAAAAACAACAGUAAAAAUACUUGUGAAAUCAUAUAAAUGUAGUAGAAAGAUUGGACUUAAGAAAUUUUUGUUUUUUCAAAGGAUUACUAUAUGCAGGUAUUGUAAACCAUUUUAAAUUAUUGUUAAAUAUAGUUUGUCAAUUUUUACGGUACUUUGUACUAAAUACGGCUGGUUGUGCAAUAGAUUAGAUUGUUGCUAAAUUGUUAUGUGUGUUGUGUAUAUCAUGUAUUUGUUGUAUGUUUUAUUUGUUACGCAUAAAAGUUAAAGACUAUGUUUCAAAUAAGUUUUUUUUUUUUGUAAACCAUGCGUGUAUAACUCUUGUCAAUUUUCAUAAAAAACAUGCAAUGAUCUUUAAAAUACAACACUUUAAAAAAAAUUUAGUUAUCUUUUUUGUCAUCGUUUGGACGGUUGUACUUUUCUUUCAUUCAUUAAUCUGAACGAGGCUUUAAGGGAAAAAUAUUCUUGAGAAAUUACUGUAAUUGGUUUUAUAAUAAUUUUUACAGUCAAAGUCCACAUUGUGUUGAUUUUUGUUAUAAUUCAAUAACUAUAUGUACAACUUGUGAAAUAUGUAUUUAUGUACAAAUUAGUGUAUAUAUCCUCGACAAGAGAAUAACUGUAUUCUUCCAUUAUUGUAUACGACCCAGUAUACGAACCUUUGUAUAUACUUGUGUAUAUACGAGCACGGCAGCCAUAUUAAAUAUACUACUAAAUUGUACAUAGUAGAGUUAAGGCUAAGCCAGUUUAGAAUGUAGUUACAAAAGAAUUGUUUAUAGAUAUUUUAUGUUUAUAUUUUUUACUCGAUGUGUGAGUAUGAUAGACGCCAA